GCCCCCUGAUCGCCACUGUGUGUGUAGGAUGGUCUCUGUCUUUGAAUACUAAAUCAGCAGAUGGUAAGCGGACCGGAGAGAGGGUGGGGGCUCUGGAGCUUUUGUCUAUCGUGACUAUUAAAUCCCGAUCAACUAAAUUACACCCCGAAUAUUGAUAUCAGUCCACCAUCUCUCGCGUUUUUUCGUCUCCUCGGAAAUCAAAGGCUCUGAUCAAACCGGUGGCAUGUCUUUCCAAGGGAAGAAGAAUAUCCCUCGUUUAACGAGUGAUAAACUCAUCAUUAAAGGUGGGAAAAUUGUAAAUGACGACCAGUCGUUUUAUGCCGACAUUUAUAUUGAAGAUGGGACCAUCAAACAGAUUGGGGAGAACCUCAUUGUACCUGGAGGUGUGAAGACAGUGGAUGCAUAUGGGCACAUUGUGAUUCCUGGGGGCAUCGAUGUUAACACCUGUCUGCAGGCCCCUCAUCUGGGCAUGACCCCAGCAGAUGACUUCUACCAUGGAACACGUGCUGCUCUGGCUGGAGGAACCACCAUGAUCAUUGACCAUGUCGUGCCUGAACCGGGAUCUAGUUUAAUGGCCGCUUACGACCAGUGGAGGGAUACGGCAGAUAUGAGGUCAUGCUGUGACUACUCUCUGCACAUUGACAUCACACGUUGGCAUGAUGGUCUAUUUGAGGAACUGGAGACUCUGGUCAAAGAUAAAGGGGUAAACUCCUUCCUCAUCUUCAUGGCUUAUAAGGACAAGUAUCAGAGCUCCGAUUCGCAGAUCUAUGAGAUGUUUGGUGCUAUGAGAGAUCUGGGGGCCAUAGCACAGGUUCAUGCUGAAAAUGGUGACAUCAUUGAGGAGGAAGAGAAGAAGCUUUUAGAUCUGGGAAUUACUGGCCCAGAGGGACAUGUACUGAGCCAUUCAGAAGAGGUGGAGACUGAGGCUGUGUAUCGAGCCAUCACUAUUGCUAAACAGGCCAACUGCCCCCUCUACAUCACAAAGGUGAUGAGCAAAUCAGCUGCUGAUGUCAUCGCCAAGGCCAGGAAAAAGGGCAUGGUCAUCUACGGGGAAUCACUCGCAGCCAGCCUCGGCACAGAUGGAUCACACUAUUGGAGCAAAAACUGGGCCAAAGCUGCCGCAUUUGUCAUGUCCCCGCCCCUUAGCCCGGACACAAGCACUCCAGAAUACCUCAGUUCACUACUGUCCUGUGGGGAUCUUCAAGUAACAGCCAGCGCCCACUGCACCUUCUCCACGGCACAGAAAGCUGUCGGAAAGGACAACUUCACCCUCAUUCCAGAGGGAACAAACGGCAUUGAGGAACGGAUGAGCAUCGUCUGGGACAAAGCUGUGGCAACAGGUAAAAUGGACGAGAAUGAUUUUGUUGCAGUAACCAGCACGAACGCUGCAAAAAUCUUUAAUCUGUACCCCCGGAAGGGCCGAAUCGUUGUUGGAUCUGAUGCUGACAUUGUCAUCUGGAACACUAAGGAGACAAAAGUCUUCUCUGCAAAAUCUCACAAUCUGACAGUGGAGAUGAAUAUUUUUGAGGGCAUGGAGUGCCGAGGGUUCCCUGUAGUGGUCAUCAGUCAGGGCAGGAUUGUUCUAGAAGAUGGGACACUGAAUGUGACCGAGGGUUCAGGGCGUUUCGUCCCCAGAAAAGCCUUUCCUGACUAUGUCUACAAGAGAAUCAAAGCCCGAGGCAGGAUGGCUGAUGCUCGUGGUGUUCCCCGAGGAAAUUACGAUGGCCCAGUCCAUGAUGUCAUCAGUAUGACCAAGUCUGUACCAGCCACGCCAACCACUAGGGGACCCACUUGUCCAGGAAAGAUCCCAGUUGGACCAGCUAGAAAUUUGCACCAGUCUGGGUUUACUCUAUCUGGCACUCAAAUGGAUGACCACAUCCCCAGGCGUACUGCACAGAGGAUCGUUGCGCCCCCUGGAGGCCGUUCCAAUAUCACAUCCCUCUCAUAAGCUUCAUCCAGCAGAGGAUCCAAGCAGCAACAUUUCCAUCUUUCGGCUUCCAAUUUUAUAUUACCAUUACAUGCAAAUACUUACAUUAAUGACUCCAUAUACUUGCCAUGACCUCUGCCAAUCCAAUAGGCUAUGCAGCAAACUAAAUAUAGCUUUCCAUAUAUUCAUUAUCUCUGUGUAAUCGACCUGCCUCAUUCUUCUCUGGUCAGACUCACUCAUAAUGUAGCAUGUUCUUUUGAGUCACCAAGACUGCAUUAUGCUGUAGCGUAGCAUUGAUGGCGUUCAGACUGCUAGUGAUCGUUGUGUUUGUGAAGUUGAACUACUGAAUGGAUCUCAUUCUGUUACUGCCUUUAAAACAAGUGCUUUCCUCAUGCUGAUAUUUAGAUUCAAACUCUAGUUUUAAAGCUGAAGAUUGUCAUUUCUAAACCAAAAGUGGCAUCAAUAGGAAUUCUGGAAUUGGAGAAAAUGUGAAAAUUAUACACUUUAAUGGGCUCUGCUCUAUCAUUGUUGUGCUUUAAAGGAAAACCAAGAACUAUCUAGUGAAGGUCUUAUGCUGAAGUAUUAAGAAACAGUUAUGGUUAGGUUUAUCCAUGUUGUAUCUCUGUCGAUAGGGCUAAGGAUUAUACGUGCACUCAAGAUUUACAGAUACAGUAAGGUAUCGUUGUGCUAAUACUCAAAAAGCAAUGCAUUAGGCAAUUUUUAUAUGUUUCUACGAAAACAUUUGGUGCUCUCAAUAGACAGAUUAAACACAUGCCAAUGUGUUACUGUGAGGAACAGUCACUUUUUGAACACAGGCAAACUGUAUAAUUCUUUUGAGGUAAGGCCUUGUUUAUAUUCCUGUAAUGCAUUUUUAAUUCAAUUACAAACAAGUUUUUUGUAGUCUUAACCAGUAUGUGCUGGGAACCUUCACUAUAUUAGAUGUCAAGAAAUUUUUGUGAGAUGUUUCAAAGGUCAGCUGAGAGAAAACUGAUCCGUGGAUUGUCUUUUCUACCUUGUUCAUUCUGUAAAUAUUUUUUUGUUUUUUAAUUUUUGUGCAUGGUUUGCAUGUCGUCAAAUAAAAAAAUGGUUAAAGAAAAAUUAUUUUUCUUUACAGUGCCUCUGUAAUUUUAUCUUUUAAAUGUAGUAAUUAUUCUCAUGAUGACUAUGAAAUGACAACAAGGGGUGA